CCCGCCGAGCGGCGGGCAGUGCGCGUCCUGCUGCGUCUGGGUGCGCAGCACCGGGGCCUGCGUGUCCCUCCGCCGCGGCGGCAGGGCCGGACCGGGCAGAGCAGAGCAGCGCAGCGCAGCGGAGCCGCGCCAUGUCGCGGCUCAGCCCGCAGGAGGAGAACCUGCAAGGUUCCUGGGUAGAGCUCCACUUCAGCAGUAACGGAAAUGGCAGCGGAACUGCUGCUUCUCCGGCGAGCCAAGAACAAGUGCCCGCCUCUAUUUCCAUUCACAACGGUGACAUGGAGAAGAUACUCCUCGAUGCUCAACAUGAAUCUGGAAGAAGCAGUUCAAGAGAAAGUUCACAUUGUGACAGCCCUCCUCGUUCCCAGACACCUCAGGACAGUCACCGAGCUUUGGAAAUAGAGAGUCACAGCAGUGGAGAAAAGAACAGCUUUCAGUCUGAAGAAGAUUUCCUUGAAAGGAGGAAAGAAGUGGAGAGGCUGCUGAAGAAGAAUGCGGAUUGGAUAUGGGACUGGUCCAGCAGGCCGGAGAACAUCCCGCCAAAGGAAUUCCUCUUCAAGCAUCCCAGGCGCACAGCUACGCUCAGCAUGAGAAACACCAGUGUAAUGAAGAAAGGGGGGAUAUUCUCAGCGGAAUUUUUGAAGGUGUUUCUUCCUUCUCUGCUUCUGUCUCAUUUGCUUGCCAUUGGACUAGGGAUCUACAUCGGAAGACGCCUUACGACCACGGCUUCAAGCAGUACAUUUUAAAGGCACCUGGAAUCUAGCUUCGAAGCAAAGAAGAUACUCAUCUGGGAGGGGAGGAGGUGAACAGCAGAACCGUCCGAGCAGGCGAGGAGCGCCUGCUCGGUGUGUGCGUGUUGUCAGCGUUGUGCUCCCGCUUUAGUGAGAAUGGGAAAGGGGACGCUGAAGCCGACGUGCCACACGUCGUCUUCUGGGUCAGUGCGUAGCGCUUGUCUCGGGUGCAUUAACGUCCGUUACAUUGCCUUGUGGUGAAGUACCUUCGAAAAUUAAAACAACUUGAUGUUUAAAAACAAUCAUAGCUUCAGUAUAGCGAUUGUGAUUGAGCUGGUGUUCCUCUAAGCUGCUGUUUCUUUAUACUUCAUAGAUGUGAAUAUCCGUCACUGCUGCUGUAAUCACGACACUAAGGGAUUAGCCCACAGCGAUGUGUGGCCUUACGUAUCACGUACGGGAGUUCCCGAUUCAUACCUCGCUCGGGGCCGUUUCUUCCUCCCACAGGUUUUGCCUAGUUCCCCUUUGCGUUUGUGUGAGAUGCGAAAGGUUGGGAGCCCCUGGGAGGAGCUCGCGUGCGAGCGGAGCUGCCGUCGGGUUUUGCUAGGUCAGAGUGCGACGCACAGCAGCCUGAAUUAAAAUGUGGACUUUAGUGCCUGAUAAAUAGCUGCUUUCGCAAAGACGUUUGUUCAGCUCCCCAGUUGAUAGAAGCUCCUUCUCUUGUAUCUACUUGCAGACUGUCGCUUCUCAGUCUUUUUAUCUGUAAAAUAUUAAAUUUGCAUCUCACAUUUGCCUCAUCCUUGUAUAGAGUUAAGAAAGGGUUGCUUGCUUAUUUGUUUUUACUAAUGGAAUGCCUUUUCAGUCAGUGAUUUUACCUUAUUUAAUGAGAAGAAAAUGAAUGUUUGCCAAAAUACCAUGUUUUAUAUAUUUAAAUAAAAAGGUUCCUCGUGGA